GGCGGGCGGGGCCGGCGGCCGCCGGAGAACGGGGAGCGUCCCCCUGCCAUCGCCCCCUCCCACUACCACCCCCCCACCCCCCUCCAAUCCGGCUGGAUCCUGUUGCGGUGCCGCUGGCGCUGCUGGGAUGAGGGGGGGGUGUGGGGGGGGGGGGCGGUUAUCCUACGCAGUGAGGCUGGCUAGCAGGCAGCCGCUCGCCGUGAGGCACCCAGCGCACACAGCAGUCGGGUGAAAAGCCGCCGCAGCACCUGGGAUCGCGGCCGAGAGCCGCCGCCGCACAACUUCGCCAUGCCGAAGAGAAAGGUGACGGUAGCGGACGGGGAGGCCCCAGAGGAGCCGAAGAGGCGAUCGGCGCGACUGUCCGCUAAACCUGCUCCUGCCAAAGCAGAGCCGAAACAAAAAAAAAUAGCGGCAAAGGAUAAAUCUGAGGACAAGAAAGCUCCAUCAAAAGGGAGAAAGGGGCCUAAAGGAAAACAGACAGAAGAGACAAACCAAGAACAGACAAAGGACAACUUGCCUGCAGAAAAUGGGGAGGCUAAAACUGAGGAGACCCCAGCAUCUGAUGCAGCAGUAGAGAAAGAAGCAAAGCCUGAGUAACAUCUGGUACUAAGUCUUUAAUUGGUGGUCCUUAUACCUUUCUUCUUGUACAAUUCAGAGGAAUAUUUUUAUCAACUAUUUUGUAAAUGCAAGUUUUUUAGUAGUUCUAGAAAACACAUUUUUAAAAAGGAGAGAAUCGCAACUCAACCCAUUUUUUUACAUAUUUAGAUAAGUGUAAAUGCUUUUUUUAAGUGGUAAAAUCAUGUACUGGUUGUCUGUUUUCUAUGAAACCAGAAAUUAAUGGCAUGUUACAUUAAGGAGAGGAUGGCUCUGAAGCCUUGACUAGGCUUCAGAUUCCACAGACUGUGAGGGACAGUUUUUGUAUCCUAUUAAAUUAAGCAUAACACAGAUUUGACUUUGGAAUUCACAAUGAUAUGUUGAGAAUGUCUUAACAUUUUGGUUAUUUAUCUAUGGCUGUACCAUCAGUAGAAAUGCUUAUCUAAUAAAACUGCUCCCUAGUGUUGGAUUUGUUGCUGAGUGACCUAUAUCUGUGACAAAGUUAAUUUUGGUAGUUGCAGCUUUAUUUUUUCCAACAACUUUGUAGCUGUGAUGCAAAAAAGAUAGACUGAAAGUUUCCAGUCUAAAUACUGACUAAGUAAGAGUUUCUGCUUGGCAGGCGUAACUUGUUAUGUCAGUAUUUGAGACACUGGAACUUCACGUCCAAUUUUAAAGGACAUCUUGUCUAUAAAAAUGAAAUUAAAAAUAUUUGAAAUGGUCUUAGGAAAAAAACCCUAGAAUUACAGUUUUUAGAAUAAAAAAAAGUGAAUAAAAACAACUGUAAAAUUGUUCAUAGUGUCUGUGAUCACCAAAUAAAUCUUGAUUAUGAAAGGAUGUUUCUGUAGCUUCUGCAUUGAGUAUGACAACUUGCAGUGGUGUAGUUCUUGAUUCUUAAACAUGUUCAUAACGUUGUUAAAAAUGUACUUAGCAAGAGAUAGGUGGUAAUGCACGGAGUGAGCAGCAAGUAGAAAACUAGUUGCAGUCUUAAUCUGGACUUCCAGUUUGAAAGAUGAUAGCCUAGUGCUGCUGCUUGUUACCUUAACAACAAAAAAGUCAAUAUAUCAGUAAGCAUCAGAUGUUCUCAUCUUUUUGUUACCUAAGAGUCUGCAUAUGUAGACUCUUGUAUAAAGAAGUGCUUUAAAGAAGAUGCACAAAGCAGUCCUCUUCAAUGGUAACUGAUCAGAUGGUGUUGCUGUUGUGUUGGAACCUUAUUGGAAUUUCCCCAAAUACUGUCUUAAAAUCAAUGACACUUCAGAUGUCUGGGGAGAGAUGAACCUACGCUGUGAAUCUGCCCAGGUAGCUCAGCCUGUGCAAUGGAACCUAUAGAGGAUGAACUGUGGAAGAGCCUGGGCAGGAACAGGGAGAGAAGCAGCCGAAAACUUCCCUGUUGCUGAUGAUGAGCAACUGUAAGGUGAGCUCACCACGCUGUGACCAGAUGCAGAUGCAGGGUGCAGAUUUACAGACAGUUGUUUCAAGUAAAACAUACUUGUGCACAGAGAUAAUUCAUGUAGCACAAACCUGUCCUGUUCUUCCUUGCUAUAUUAAUGAAAAUUAGAUCAAUCUUGUUUAAGAUUUAACAGCCUUUCAUCAGAAGUGAGGCAUGUUAAGUGUAUAUUACUUAAGCUUAAAAGAAACACUUAAAUCUAGUACAGCAUUACUUCAUCUCUCCCAGAGUGCAGCAUCGUUUUGGAUUGUUGGCUAUUUUUCCAUUUCAUGAUGUUUUGCUGAAUUGCAGCAGGUAGUAGCAUGGUUUUAUCUUACCAGUUUAUUUGAUGCCAGUCAGCUGUCAACCUUGGUGUGGGAGGACUCAAGACCAAAAAGUAACAUUUGUUAUUUUUUUCCUACUUCACUGAGAACUUGUUUAUGAUCUGAAGUAACACCUGCAAGUACCGUAUCUACUUCCUGUAUGUUUCUGGUAUGUUUUGGAAAUUGUCAUAGUUACUUUUAACACUUCAGUUUCACCUCUCAUUUUCUUAAACAAUGCUUUCAUUUGAGAAAGCAUUUUACUAUUUUUACUUCUUCCAUAUUUAAGUAAUGUUUAGCUUACUGUAGGAUGUCCUCCAACACUGAAGCACAGUAAGCUUCUGGUCUAUUUCCACCACAGCAACAUUCCCAGCAGAGCACAUCUGGCUUUGACAACAGCUUUGGCUUCAAGUUCUUGGAUAUUCUGAAGCUGUAAAUGUAUACCACUUUUUCUAACUCCCUGCUGUUCCCCCCCAAAUCCCCUCUAGUUACCUUAUUUAUUGGUUUAACUUGGUAGCAGUAUGACAUUAGCUACAUGACAUUCUUUCUGGAUUUAGCAAGUCAAAGCCACCAGUUAAAUGACUAAUAAACUUGCAGGUAAAUAGCCCAAAAUAGCCUUUCUUACCUCAUUUUAUUGAUUGCCCAUAUUCUGUGUGUUUUGAGUCUCCAGUAUUGAGAUCCUGUUGACUUUCAACAUCAUCUCUAAUAUUAUCCACUGUUUAUUUUACAGUAACUGCUCCCUAAUAUUUACUGUUGGGGACAAAGACUUACUUAUUACAGAAUUGAAAGGACUCGGUAAGGGUAAAUCAGUGGCAAAUUCUCUUACAGGACGGGAAUUUUCAUGCUGGAAGAAGGAAAGGACAAAGGUAGUUGCAUCAGGAGCCCUAGAUCAGCUUUGAGCAGGACACAGCAAGCUUGAAGUGAAGGACGAAAGAGGCUUAUGCCUAUUUAAUAAGUAGGUGAAUCAGCUGUGAAUUUUGAUUGAUUCUGCUGUAGACAUUGCCUUUCUCCACAAAGCAUGAAAUGGUGACAUGUAACCAUAAAAACCCUACCAAUUUGUCUACUGGGAAAAUGAGGAAUUAUGUGUAUUUGCACUAGAUGUUAAUUCCACCUGUGCCGAAGUGGGAGUGGAGGGCAUUUAAACUUGAUUGACAAGAAUUUCCAUGGGCGUGAUAGAGAAAAAUCAUUCUUACCUGUACAACACCAGAUAUAUUUGCUCUGUGCAGCUAAGGAAUGGAGUAACAGCUAAUAGAGACUUGCAUACAGCACUACAGGAAUGCAC